CGACCAGUAGUGUCAAUAGUUGUCAGCACGUCGAGGUCGAUUGCCACCGGUAUAAGAAAAUUUUUAGAGAGCUAGUUGUAAUCAACUUCUAUGAAGAUGAUCCAUCACCUACAAGAACGAAGACGAACAACAGAAUUACGACUUCAAAUAACAAGCGAGAAGAUGCUCUUUACACAUGACGAGUGCAGCCCACAGACAACUACCGAGGACGACGAGGAGAUAUAGAAGUACUAGCACGUUGAAGUUUAUAAUCUCUAGAGGGAACGCAUUCACAUACAAGGAGCUCCACUUUUUACUACAACCACUUCUAUGUUUUUGUUUUCAGUAGUACAGAAAGGAACAAGGUCCGUGUCGUUGCACUAAAUACACGAGGAACAUUCCUUGUUUGUUCUGCCUGCAGCCACUUGACCACCAAAUGAUGUCGCUAAUCCAGGACCAGUUGGGGAUAAAGGAGCCCCUUCCGUCGGUUUUUCUCGAGGGUGUGCUGGUGAAUUAUGCAAUACAAAUUUCCCGUAGUACAUGUACAAGAUGCAUGAUCACAAUUUUCACCAAUUUGCAGCGUAAAACUUGUCAUGCUAAACUAGGAUCGAAGCCAAGUUUUGUCAUGCGGCGACCGCAUUUGUACGUGUGCGAGAAAAAGAAAUUUACUGUGGAUAUGAAUCUGGGCCUGACCUGGGGCUUUUUCCUUCUCUCCUGUCUCGUGUCUCCCUUUUUCUGGGGCGACCUCCCGCAGGAGAAGAAGCUGCUGUGGCACACGACGUUUGUGGCGAUGAUGCAGCCGUUCUACCUCGGGUACGCCCUGUGGUCGGAGAUUGUGACCUAUCACAUGCAAAUAGAUACGUCUUCUUCUGGAAAAGUGCAAAUUUGUGAUGCUCUCUGUCAGUCACACAAAAAUCUGUCAUGCGCGAGAAGUAGCGCAAGCUGUCCACUUGUGGCCACCUCCUUGGGAGAUGAGCAUUUCUCAUGCAGACUAGGCAUUGCAAAGCUGUCGGAAUAAAACUUGUGAUGCUACGCCCCCUAAUCCAGACAGUGUAGGCCACGCUAAACCUGCAUCACAAACCUUGCAUUCUCCCAGACAGAGACAUAUUUGCAAUCCAUAUGACGGCGGGCAAGUGGUGGUACGAGAAUCCGUUUGGCGACUGGUUUUCCUACCCACCAAGUGAGCAAAUUUGGUACGGGACUGGGUUGUCCUGCGGCUUCAUGGCGAUGGACAGCAUGGCCAUGGCCAUCUGGCCCCGGCAGCUGAUGAAGGCGCUACGCAAGUCGAUGUACAUCCAGAUGUGGGUGCACCACGUGUUUUCCCUGAUCUUCUGGCCCUACGCCCUGUCCGCACACCGUGCGGCGAUUCCCAUCGCGUACUUUGUCCUCACCGAGAUUUAUCCCACAGAAAAAAGCUGGCAGGUCAGAUUUGUAAUGCAAAAAUAAACACACAGAAAAAUCUGUCAUAGGCGAGGCCAUAGCAUGCUGUUUAGGGCAUGCAAUACAGAUUUUUUUGUCUAUUUAUUUUUGCAUUACAAAUAUGCCCUGCCAGCUUUUUUCUCUGGGAUAAGGUUAGCAACCCCUGCGUGAAUUUCCGAUGGCUGCUGGAAAACCGACCGGGCUGGGACACGUCUGUGAUGUACUACACGGCGGGCAUCACCUAUGGAAGCGUCAGGUUUGAAAUCGUCAAAGUUGAAAUAAUCUGCAAUGCAUAAAAUGCAUGACCCGAGGUGCGUGCGUUGCAGAGCAGGCAAGUGAGGCCGAUUGUAAGCCUGUUUGGGGUUACAGCUCGAGCUGCUAAAGUAGCAUGAGAAAAUCGCUCUUCUUUGCCUAAACAGCAUGACAAACUGGAUUUACGGACCACCAAAAUUUGUCAUGCGCCACUUGAAAACUGGGCUCCAACUGGCAUCCAUUUUAUGCAUGACAAAUUAUUUCAACUUUGUCGAUUUCAACUCUGACACAUCCAUAUCACCAUGCUGCUCGUCUUCUUCGUCGUGCGCAUACUCCCCAUGCCCUGGUUUCUCUUCCACAUGCUGCGGCCCAGCAGCUAUCAACUGCAAAUAUGUCUGGGUCUGGAAGAAAGCAGGAGUUUGUCAUGCAGAUUUUGCAUGCCCCAUGAGGUCUGUGAUGCAUGCCCUAGCAUCAGAGAUUCUGCGAGGGCUUUCUGAUGCUCACACAGCAUGAGAAGUGCUCUCUCCGCGUAGCACACAUUGCGCCUCUACUUUAUUUGCUGUUCAUGCAAUACAGAUUUUAUGUAGAGUGCAAAGGUAGCAUCACAAGUUCCAUCCUUCCAGACCCAGACAGAUUUGCAACGCAUAGCAGCUACGACGGAGCAACGUGGUUCCAGAUGGUCACCCUGUUUCUGCUCGGACUCAUUCCCUUCGCGCUCAACGCGUUCUGGUUUAAACUGAUGGUCCGAAAGGCGUUCCGCGUGCUCUCCAACGUAUUGAAAGGAUCCUCACGCAGUGAAGAAAAAGGAAAAGCGGAAACACCGGAGCAAGCAGAAAUGAGAAAAACGAAGUAAGUAGCGAGUUUUUGAACAGAAUCUGAAACACAGAAAAUGUGGCGCGGACUGCAAAAAAAUCAGCGUCACGUGGUGCACGACGCAUGUGCUACGUUUUGACUAUUUCUCGGGGCAAUGUAGAAUCUGAAUCGUCAGUGUGUAGUCUUGCCUGACUUGCGAAUAAAAUUUUCAAAUCGACUCCGCCCGCGCGUAUUUUCAACACGACCAAUUUGGCUGCAACCAAGAACAUGACUGCGGCUGUGCCUCACUUGACUCGUCACAAGGCAUCAAAUCAAAUUUUUUGGCCUUUGGUUCGGCUUCCAUUCUGCGAACAGAAUCUUCAACAGUAGCGUCUUCUACUACA